GCUGUUGCGUUAUUCGAGAUAUAAUAACUGCAUUUCACCCUAAAACAUUUAAACAUGCAUAAACCUGACUAUUUUAACAAGGUUCAAUUUUGUUGGAUGGCUUAGCGUUGUUAUGAUCGUUCAUUGCAAACAACAGGGAAUUAAUAUUCUUCAUUACAGGGUUACAAUGAAAGUUGUCUUAAAAACACUUCCGAUGAAAAUGAAAGAGGUAUGUGUUGAUGAAAGAAAAAAAUUAAAACAACUCAAAACCAGGAAAGGGUUAUAAACCUUUGGAAGCCACAGUCAGUGAGAGUAUGCCAAAAGUGUUUAACAUAUUCUUAUUCUAAAUAAUUUAGUCAGAGACUGCGCUGAUAUAUACAAUAAAGGAAUAAAACAAAGUGGUAUUUAUGAAAUUGAUCCGGACGCAAAGGGAAGUUUCAAAGUAUUUUGUGAUAUGACAACAUCAGGUGGAGGAUGGACUGUAUUUCAACGUCGUCUUGAUGGAAGUGUUGACUUCUACCGAGGAUGGGAAGAUUACAAACAAGGUUUUGGUAACUUGAGCAGGGAAUAUUGGCUUGGUCUUGACAAAAUACACAGGAUGACAAAUAUUUCACAAAACGAACUUCGUAUCGACAUGGAAGAUACAUCUGGGAACACCAGAUACGCUAAUUAUGAUUCAUUUAAAGUCAGCAGCGAAAAUGUGAAGUACAAGUUAAAUGUUGGAGGUUAUGAUGGUACAGCAGGAGACUCGUUAAUAACGCAAAACGGUAUGGCUUUCACCACGAAGGAUUCUGACAAUGAUAUUUGGGGUGAUAACUGUGCAGCGAGAUUCAAAGGAGCCUGGUGGUAUCGUAGUUGUCAUUAUUCCAAUUUAAAUGGUUUGUAUCAUUAUGGCGCACACACAUCGUUCGCUGAUGGAGUCAACUGGAAACAUUGGAAAGGUUAUUAUUACUCUCUGAAAUCAACAUCAAUGAAAAUGCGACCACGUGAAUUUGGAAAGAAAAAAUAAAGUUGUUGAACAAUAAAGAAAUGCAAAGGAAAUGUUUAAUUUAUAAAAUGGAUAAUAUAGUGCUCGUAAAUCACAUCUUUAAAUCACAAAUUUACAUUAAGGUCAUAGCAUUUGACGUGUAAAUAGCAAAGCGCUGUUAAAUACCCUGGGAAUAGAAUGACUCUAUAAUUUUAUAUAUAUUUGUUAAUUUUGUAAUUUCUUAUCGACCAGCAGGACAGACUAAAUUGUGGGAGAAUGGGUUGCCGCGUUGAACGAUAUUUCCGUAAUAAUUCACAGGAAUUGUUUCACCAUUGACCAUGCGCAAUUCAUCUAGAAUAGGCCGUGCUUGUCAUUCCCUCCCUAGCUUGAAUGUUUUAGGGGUGAUAUUCCUUUGUAAUUAAAGUAAGCAAGGUGUGAUUGACAAAAGAGGAUUGCCAGGGUGAUUUGAUCGUCGCUCUUUCCACCCUCUUCGUUGACUCAUCAAGUAAUACGGGGUAAUGGCUUCCAUCAAUUUACUUUGGAGUGAUUUCAUACCGAAAAAAUUUCUUUUUACCGUCAAGUUGUAAUUGCACUCUUACUCAUACCGAAUAAAAAUCACUCUAGUAUAUACAACCAGCCAAUCACCACUCAGGAUAGAAAAUGUGAAUUUUAAAUCAUGCUAAAUAUUAAUAAACCAACUGUAUAAAAGUGUAUUUUAAGUUGCCAUUAGAAUCGGCUAAUUUUCCUGACAGCUAUAUCUUCGCUUGGCAUAGCUACGAAGGAAAUAGGAAACAUAUGUGAUUUGAGUUUUUAAAAAUUAUAGACUUUGUGUGUGCGCAAAGUGUGGACGCAAAGUGUGGCCUUGCUGGGGUAGAUGCAUGAGCUUGGCAGACUUUAAGACUGCGAGGUAAUGACGUGCACGCAAUACGAGAAAGAUUGUGAAUUGCCAGCAGCAAUAUGACAUGGAUGAGGCACACAACUUUCAACAUUCAGCAUGAGCAAUGUUGAGGACAAAACAAAGACUUAUUCUGUCCAAAGUUGUCCCUCCUGUAUUGUCUUAUUCGCAUUGCCUCAAUUCCGUCUGCGAAAAGAAGACUGUGAUUCUAUGCAUUGCUUUGUUGGCGACUUUCUAUGCGGUAAUUGGCCUUUUUUGAGAAAAAAUAUUUGUUGUUAUUAUGUAGAUAUGAUAAUUAAGCUGGCUUAUGAGUAAUGACUCUGGCUAGUCAAUGACAUGUUACAAUGACUUUCAGACUAAUCAACAUUAUGAACUGGCUUAUAAGUCAUUACUUUGGCUAGUCAAUGACAUGUUAAAUGACUUUCAGACAAAUCAACAUGAUGAACUGGCUUAUCAGUCAUUACUUUGGCUAGUCAAUGAUGUGUUAAAUGACUUUCAGACUAAUCAACAUGAUGAACUGACUUAUAAGUCAUUACUUUGGCUAGUCAAUGACAUGUUAAAUGACUUUCAGACAAAUCAAUAUGAUGAACUGGCUUAUGAGUAAUUACUCUGGCCAGUCGAUGACAUGUUAAAUGACUUUCAGACUAAUCAACAUUAUGAACUGGCUUAUCAGUCAUUACUCUGGCCAGUCAAUGACAUGUUAAAUGACUUUCAGACUAAUCAACAUUAUGAACUGGCUUAUCAGUCAUCAUCAUUAUAGCCAGUCAAUAUCAUGUUAAGUGGUUUUGAGACUAUAAUUAUAAUAGACAUG